CCCGGGAAGAACUUCAAACUGGUCAAAUGCACCGUCCAGACGGAGAUCCGGGAUAUCAUCACCUCCAUCCUGCUGAGUGGGCGGAUCGGGCCCAACAUCCAGCUGGCUGAGUGCUAUGGGCUGAGGCUGAAGCACAUGAAGUCGGAUGAGAUCCACUGGCUGCACCCGCUGAUGACGGUGGGCGAGGUGCAGGACAAGUAUGAAUGUUUACACGUGGAGGCCGAGUGGAGGUACGACCUUCAAAUCCGCUACUUGCCGGAAGACUUUAUGGAGAGCCUGAAAGAGGACAGGACCACGCUGCUUUACUUUUACCAACAGCUCCGGAGCGACUACAUGCAGCGCUACGCCAGCAAGGUCAGCGAGGGUAUGGCCCUGCAGCUGGGCUGUCUGGAGCUCAGGCGGUUCUUCAAGGACAUGCCCCACAACGCACUUGACAAGAAGUCCAACUUCGAGCUCCUGGAAAAGGAAGUGGGGCUGGACCUGUUUUUCCCAAAGCAAAUGCAAGAGAACUUAAAGCCCAAGCAGUUCCGGAAGAUGAUCCAGCAGACGUUCCAGCAGUACGCGUCACUCAAGGAGGAGGAGUGUGUCAGGAAGUUCUUCAAUACCCUUGCCGGCUUUGCCAACAUCGACCAGGAGACCUACCGCUGCGAGCUCAUCCAAGGAUGGAACAUUACUGUGGACCUGGUCAUUGGCCCUAAAGGCAUCCGCCAGCUGACAAGUCAAGAUGCAAAGCCCACCUGCCUGGCUGAGUUCAAGCAGAUCAAGUCCAUCAGGUGUCUUCCACUGGAGGAGGGCCAGGCAGUCCUGCAGCUGGGCAUCGAAGGGGCCCCCCAGUCCUUGUCCAUCAAAACGUCGUCCCUGGCGGAGGCUGAGAAUAUGGCUGACCUCAUCGACGGUUACUGCCGGCUGCAGGGGGAGCACAAAGGCUCUCUCAUCCUUCAUCCCAAGAAAGAUGGUGAGAAGCGGAACAGCCUGCCCCAGAUCCCCAUGCUAAACCUGGAGGCUCGGCGGUCCCACCUCUCCGAAAGCUGCAGCAUAGAGUCAGACAUCUAUGCGGAGAUUCCUGAUGAGACCCUGCGGAGGCCUGGAGGUCCACAGUAUGGAGUUACCCGCGAAGAUGUGGUUCUGAAUCGUAUUCUUGGCGAAGGCUUUUUUGGGGAGGUCUACGAAGGUGUCUACACAAAUCACAAAGGGGAGAAAAUCAAUGUGGCCGUCAAGACCUGCAAGGAAGACUGCACUCUUGAUAGCAAGGAGAAGUUCAUGAGCGAGGCAGUGAUUAUGAAAAAUCUUGACCACCCGCACAUUGUGAAGCUGAUUGGUAUCAUUGAAGAGGAGCCCACCUGGAUCAUCAUGGAACUGUAUCCCUACGGGGAGCUGGGCCACUACCUGGAGCGAAACAAGAACUCCCUGAAGGUGCUCACCCUCGUCCUGUACUCGCUGCAGAUAUGCAAAGCCAUGGCCUACCUGGAGAGCAUCAACUGUGUGCACAGGGACAUUGCCGUCCGGAACAUCCUGGUGGCCUCUCCUGAGUGUGUGAAGCUGGGGGACUUCGGCCUGUCCCGGUACAUUGAGGAAGAGGACUACUACAAAGCCUCUGUGACUCGCCUCCCCAUCAAAUGGAUGUCCCCCGAGUCCAUCAACUUCCGCCGCUUCACGACUGCCAGCGACGUCUGGAUGUUUGCCGUGUGCAUGUGGGAGAUCCUGAGCUUUGGGAAGCAGCCUUUCUUCUGGCUAGAGAACAAGGAUGUCAUCGGGGUGCUGGAAAAAGGAGACCGGCUGCCCAAGCCUGACCUCUGUCCACCUAUCCUAUACACCCUCAUGACGCGCUGCUGGGACUAUGACCCCAGUGACCGGCCCCGCUUCACGGAGCUCGUGUGCAGCCUCAGUGACAUUUAUCAGAUGGAGAAGGACAUUGCUAUAGAGCAAGAAAGGAACGCUCGCUACCGACCCCCCAAAAUCUUGGAGCCCACCACCUUCCAGGAACCCCCACCCAAGCCCAGCCGGCCCAAGUACAGACCCCCUCCACAGACCAACCUCCUGGCUCCCAAGCUGCAGUUCCAGGUCCCUGAGGGUCUGUGUGCCAGCUCUCCCACGCUCACCAGCCCUAUGGAGUAUCCAUCUCCUGUUAACUCGCUGCACACCCCGCCUCUCCACCGGCACAAUGUCUUCAAGCGCCACAGCAUGCGGGAGGAGGACUUUGUCCGGCCCAGCAGUCGAGAGGAGGCCCAGCAGCUGUGGGAGGCUGAGAGGGUGAAGAUGCGGCAGACGCUGAACAAGCAGCAGAGGCAGAUGGCAGAGGACUACCGGUGGCUGCGGCAGGAGGAGAAAGCCCUGGACCCCAUGGUUUACAUGAAUGAUAAGUCCCCGCUGACCCCCGAGAAGGAGGCCGGCUACAUGGAGUUCACGGGGCCCCCACAGAAGCCACCGCGGCUGGGCGCGCAGUCCAUCCAGCCCACGGCCAACCUGGACCGGACGGAUGACCAGGUGUACCUCAACGUCAUGGAGCUGGUGCGAGCCGUGCUGGACCUCAAGAACGAGCUCAGCCAGCUGCCCCCCGAGGGCUACGUGGUGGUGGUGAAGAAUGUGGGGCUGACCCUGCGGAAGCUCAUCGGGAGUGUGGACGAUCUCCUGCCCUCCUUGCCGUCCUCUUCACGGACGGAGAUUGAGGGGACCCAGAAACUGCUCAACAAAGACCUGGCGGAGCUCAUCAACAAGAUGCGGCUGGCCCAGCAGAACGCCGUGACCUCCCUGAGCGAGGAGUGCAAGCGGCAGAUGCUGACCGCCUCCCACACCCUGGCCGUGGACGCCAAGAACCUGCUCGACGCCGUGGACCAGGCCAAGGUCCUGGCCAACCUUGCCCACCCACCUGCAGAGUGACGGAGGGUGGGGAGACCUGCCUGCGUCCUGCCCACCUGCCCCGGUCCUCCCCUGCCCUGCCCGUGGUCAUGUGGGCCUUCAGGGGGAGGCCGAGGGGAGCCCCUCCCCCUGCCACUUUGCACGACCCCUCUCCCCACCACUACCCCAGACUGUGCUGCUCCAGCUGCAGCUGGACAGAGGGGACUCUGGACUCUGGACUCAGGAUGGGGGUGAUGAAGAUGGCUUGGAGGGGGCACUACUGCAAUGUGGCCAUGCCCUCUCCUCCUGGGCCUGGGUACAGGGGCCUCGUUGGAGUCACAGUGGUGCCCCUCGUGGCCAAGUUGGCUUUGUGCAUGGACAUGGUAGGCCGCUUUGGGAACAAACUAUUCCUUCUUACCCUUUUGGCUCUCGAAGGUCCCUGAUGCACAGAGGAGCCGAGAGGGGCUUUAUUUUGGGGGUCAGGCAGCGGGUGAGGUGCGAGUGGGCCUGGAUUUCUUGUACAGUGUAUAUUGGAAUUUAUUUAAUGUGAGUUUGGUCUGGACUGACAGCGUGUGUCCUCGAGGGGCACCUGAGGGGACCUGGGACGUAGUCCAGGAACAAGCUAAUUGGGAGUCUGGGUGCAGGACGGUGUGUUGUCAAUACACCAAGCGUCAGGGGACGAAGCAGAGAGACGAGGCCCACCGGGACUUUGGACCACGACCUGCUGUCCUCCUGCCCCUGCCUCUCUCCUCUACUCCCCUCCUCCUUCUCCCCCUCUUUUCUUUCCUCCUUUUUCUGCCCCUUUUCUCACCCACUGCCUUCCUUUCUCGCGUGUUUGUGUAGAACACUCUUUUACCCUCUUUCUAUUUGACCUGUGGUUGAAUUAAAACCGUACCAUUUGCUUUGUG